CGUGACCGCAGGAGCGCCAAGAUGGCGCAGGCCGGGAAGGAGCAGGAAGCGCUGCAGCUCCUGGCCGAGGCCGACCGGAAGCUCCGCGGGUCCCGCUCGUUCCUGGCGGGGCUCUUCGGGGGCAAUUCCCGAAUCGAGGAAGCCUGCGACACCUACUCCCGCGCCGCCAACAUGUUCAAGAUGGCCAAGAACUGGAGCGCCGCCGGGAAUGCCUUUUGCCAAGCGGCCCAGCUCCACCUGCAGCUGCAGAGCAAGCACGACGCCGCCACCAGCUUUGUGGAUGCUGGGAAUGCCUUCAAGAAAGCGGAUCCACAAGAGGCCAUCAACUGCUUGCUGCGCGCCAUUGAGAUCUACACGGACAUGGGCCGCUUCACCAUCGCCGCCAAGCACCACGUCUCCAUAGCCGAGAUCUACGAGACCGAGCUGGUGGACAUGGAGAAGGCCAUCGCCCACUACGAGCAGGCGGCCGAUUAUUACCGGGGCGAGGAAUCCAACAGCUCGGCCAAGAAGUGCCUGUAUCCAUUCCCUGCUAUCCCUAUGGCAUUCCCAUGGCAUUCCCAUCCAUUCCCUGCUAUCCCGCAGGUGGCGGCCGCAGCCAUGGACUCCCCCCUGCUCAAGUACAGCGCCAAGGAGCACUUCUUCAGGGCCGCCCUCUGCCACUUCUGCAUCGAUGCCCUCAACGCCAAGCUGGCCAUCUAUGCAGAGCACUAGGACAUGUUCCCAGCUUCCCCGACUCCCAACCUCAAACUCCUCAAGAAACUCCUGGAAGCCCACGAGGAGCAGAACGUGGACGGAUACACGGAUGCGGUGAAGGAAUACGACUCCAUCUCCCGCCUGGACCAGUGGCUCACCACCAUGCUGCUCCGCAUCAAGAAGACCAUCCAAGGAGAGGAGGAGGAUCUGCGUUAGGACCAUUCCCAGUAUUCCCAGUGGCAUUCCCAACUCCUGGAACUGACC